AUGGGGAAAUGGGCAAACACAUGUCGAGGUGUUGCAACAUGGGUGGAUCCACUUAAGCCACGUGGAGCAUUGUGUAAACGUAGCAUAUACAUCCCUACGUUAGAUCUCAGACUGUUAGCAGUUGAUGCUGCCAAUGGAAAAAAUUGCGGUGAUUUUGGUGUAGAGGGUUUUGCUGAUCUGAGGGUAGCAACUCCAAAUGUGAAUUGUGUGUGGUAUCUAAACCCUCCAGCAGUUGUGAGAGACGUGUUGAUUUUUGGACAAAUUAUAACUGACGACGACUGUGGAGACAAUGCACCUAAGGGGAGCAUACCCGCUUUCAAUGCACGGACUGGACAAUUUAUGUGGAAUUUCAUGAUUGUUCCAACGGAUCCCAGUGAUCCAGCUAUGGGCACGUAUCGGGAUGGCACCGACGACGUUGGGGCAGGCAAUGCAUGGGCUCCCAUUAGUGGGGACAACGAGCUCGGUUUUGUUUACGUGCCAACAAGUUCCCCCAAUCCAGACCAUUUUGGAACAAAUAGAAUCGGCGACAACCACUAUUGCAAUUCAGUGGUUGCUUUAAAUGUCAGUGAUGGUAAAGUCGUCUGGUUUAGGCAAUUAAUACACCAUGAUAUAUUUAGCUACGGUUUGAAUGUCCAACCUGUUGUUGGAAGCAUUUCACGAAAUGGCAAAGAACGAAAGGUUGUUCUACAGGGCACAAAAAUGGGAUUCUUAUAUGUGUUAGACGCCACAAACGGUGAGCCUGUAUUUGAUAUACAGGAACAGAAUGUCCCAACCUUUACUGAUCUGCCAGGUGAAAUCCCGAGUCCAACACAACCUUUCCCUGUUGAUGAUUUUCUGAAGUUAGCAAAGAUCUCCGUUGACUUAAGGCCUGGAAAGGAUCUAUGGGGAAGAACCAAUGUCCAGGAACAAGUUUGCGCAGACUUCAUAAACAGUUCAGGACUUGAUCCGUUUGGAGAGAUAUUCACACCGGCACUCGUAAGUAAGCCUAUAUGGUGGAUACCAGGACUGACAGGUGGGAUGAACAUCGGAGGCAGCGUGGCCUUGGACCCCACUAGAAGUAUUGCUGUUGCAGCGACGCAAAAUGAUCUCUGGAUAAAACAAUUGAUUCCAAGAAACACAUCAUCCCCAUUGCCCCAAUGGUGUAAACUUUUGUUUAAAACCCCUAACGCCGAUGUGCCACUUCAGUGCUAUGGUUUUACACUAUUCAAAGAAAAGUGCGAUAAACCACCAUGGGCCAUGUUACACGCUGUGGACUUGCAAAAUGGGCGUAAACUGUGGAGCAUCCCCCAUGGCACCAAUCCUAAUAUCCCAGAAUCAACAGAAGAAGAGGGAUCAAGGUGGUAUACUGGCGGCAUACUGGUUACUAGAGGAGGUUUAGUAAUAGCUGGAAAUACAGAGGAUAGAUAUCUUCGGGCGUUUAACAUUGAAACUGGGGAACAGCUCUACAGAUCUCCAGAUCCAAUGAUUGCUGCGGCAGCGGGGAAUCCAAUAUCCUACAGAACUAGUGGGAGGCAAUAUGUUGUUCUUACUGUAGGUGGUAACUCGUUUUUGGGACGGUCCGCCAACCACUCAAGAAGUGACCACGUGUAUGCCUUCGCGUUGCCAUGA